AUGUUUCAGAAAAAAUUUGUUGUCUCCAACCUCAAUUCCACUUAUGGUUAUUUCAAAGUAUGUAUCAAGAAUGACAAAAUUGCAGGUUCUUUAGGUGUGUGGCUUGGUGAUAAUCCAUUUAACUUUGUGCUUCCUGUUACAUUGUGCCAAAUAAUUGUAGCCAUUUCCGCCUCUCAAAUGUUGUACUAUGUCCUAAGGCCUCUACAAACACCCAAAUUCAUCUGUAGCGUCCUUGGCGGAAUUCUGCUCGGGCCAACAUUUUUAGGGCACAACCAUGUGGUUCUAAACACAUUGUUCCCUAUAUAUCAAGCUUCAUUUCUAAUCAUUCUAUCUAAGAUUGGUGCCAUAUAUUUUGUCUUCAUCACUUCACUGAAAAUGGACAUAACCACAACCUUAAAAGCAGGAAAAUGUUGCUGGCGCUUUGUUGUGAUCCCCUACUUCAUUUCUUACUUCGUGACGGCAUACCUCUUAUCUUUAUACAAACCAAGCGGCGGCGGAAGCCCGCAUUCAAUCCCAAACAUCUUCACCGUGAGCAGCUUUGCUGUUGUAUCUGAAGCCUUGCUAGAGCUCAACCUCAUAACUACUGAGCUAGGGCAGAUCGCGUUAUAUUCUGCCAUGAUCGGAGAAAUAUUGUACUGGGGUACCGUAGCGGUUUAUACCUAUACAACUGAUGGAAUCUUUUUUUCCCUUGGGUUCUUGAUUUGCACAUGCUUGUUCAUUUUAUGGUUUAUUUACAUCGUACGACCCAUGAUGAAGAAGAUAGUGCAGAGAACGCCGAAAGGGAAGCCAGUAAGGGAAAUGGACAUUAUCAUGAUAAUCCUCGGCGUGCUAGUUAUGGCAGCUAUAAGUGACGCGAUUGGAUUGUCUGUUAUCAUUGGUCCUAUGCUUUAUGGGUUGGCGAUGCCAAAUGGAGCGCCCUUGGCGACAACCAUUAUUGAGAAAAGUGAAACUCUCAUUCACCAUUUUCUUAUGCCUUUUUUCUAUAUGUAUAUUGGAUUAAACACAGAUUUUGGUGGGAUAAAAAAGAAUUGGAAGAAGGCUCUUGGUUUUCAGAGCAUCUUAUUUGUCGGGUUCAUGGUAAAGGUGAUUUCAUGUGUGCUGGUUUCACCAACUUAUAAUAUUCAGCGCAGACAUAGCGUGGCACUUGGGCUCAUUUUGAGCAUUAAGGGCAUAACAAAACUCAUAUACUUUUCUAGACUCAAGAAAGUCCAGAUAAUUGAUGAGGAAAUAUUUAGUGAGAUGGUGCUCUAUGUGGUGCUGAUGACCGCAAUAUGCAUACCCUUAAUCAAGUACUUGUACAAGUAUCGUGCUCGUGUGCUGACAACCUCAAACAUCCAUGAACGGCUUGUGAGAACGAUCCAAAACGCUCCAGAAAACAGCGAGUUUAACAUAAUUUCAUGCGUGCACAAUGAUGGAAACGUGCAUAGCAUGAUCGCCCUUCUAGAAGCUUUCAACCCAACACGAGAAAGUCCCAUAGAUGUCUACGUGAUUCAUCUCAUUGAGCUCUUGGGUAAAAGUACCCCCAUCCUCCUUCCCAUUCACACGAAAAACAAUAGAUCAUUGUCCACAAACUACCCCGACACCAACCACAUCCUCCGCGCCUUCGAAAACUACUCUAAAAACUCUAAAGGUGCAGUCACAAUUCUCCCAUACAUCAACGUUGCCCCAUACAAUAACAUCCAUGAGGCUGUUUGCAACUUGUCCGAGGAUAAAUUAGUUCAUUUCCUCAUACUCCCGUUUCACGAAAACGACCAAACCGUAGGAAGCAACAUUAACACGUCCAUCCGAGAUCUCAACGCAAACUUCCAGUCCAUCGCGCGAUGCACUGUGGGGAUCAUUGUAGACCGAUGUUCACGACUUAACAUCAUCAAACCCACUGAGUUAUCGUUUAAUGUCGGCAUAUUCUUCCUGGGCGGACCUGACGAUCGAGAGGCAUUAGCCUUAGGUAUUCGAAUGAUGAACUUGGAGCGCCCAAACAUGAGGAUCACGGUGUUCCGAUUCGUCAUGCCCGAUAACAACAAUAAUUACAACAACAAAGACAUUAGUUUGAAUAAAACCUUUAAUGGAGAUGAUGAGAGACUGGAGCACAUGUUGGACGACAGUUUGUUUGAUGAGUUCAGAGCCAAGAAGAUGAAGAAUAAUAAUGUUUCUUUUCAUGAAGUUAUGGUGGAGGAUUGCAUGCAGGUGUUGCAGGUGAUUCGAGGCUUGAGGGAUGAGGAUUAUGACCUUGUGAUGGUGGGGAAGAGACAUAACAUGGGGAAUGUGACAGAUGAGGAAAUGGUCAAUUUCAUAGACUAUGCAGAUCAAUUAGGUAUUUAUGGAGAUAUGUUGGCCUCCCCAGAAUUUUGUAAUGGGAGAGUGUCAGUGUUGGUGUUGCAAUGUGGUGAUAAACGAGUAAAACAAUCUGAUAAGGAUUUGAUAAUGAACUUUGAUCCACUCACAUUCUAA